ACGUCUCCUGUGUAAUAGAUUACACUCAGGACAUCAUCAGUGAGUUCGCUUUGCAGAAUAAAUGAACGAGUGAGUUAGUGAUUGAGGAUUGAGGUGAUGUGCAGUGAGAUCUGCAGCAGAUUCAGAAGCUCAGCGUUCAGCUCUUCUGUAGAAAAUCCUGCUCCUGUUCAUGCGGUGGACUCAUGUGUUCACUGUGUAUGAGGGUGAAUCUCGUCCGUGAAGAGUUUUGUGGAGAAUAAUCGAGCUGAAGUAGAAAGAUGAACAGUGUGGCGGAGCUGGAAGAUGGACAGCAGAACAAGGUGCAGAGGACGAGCUGUAGCUACCUUCUCUGCACCAUCCUUCUCUUCAUUGCUGUGCUACUGGCUAUCACAAUAACAGGUACAAUCCUCUUGAUGAACCAUUCCCAGGCUCCCCCAGGCCCUGAGGUGCCACCUCUCAUCAGUACGAAUCACGAUGAGCGCAAUUCCCUGGUGACGGUGGAAAGAGGGGACGGUUCACGCAUUAAUAUCUUUAUCGAGCCGAACUGCCCUGACUAUAACAGCAACUUCCUGCGUCUGGAGGGGGUACAAACAUCAUUGCUGCACUCGCUUAGCCACCAUGACACGGACCUGAAAUCUGUAAAGGGUCAGGAGCGCGGUCUGAUGGUCCAACUGGCCGAGGAGGUGGCCAAGUUGUCAUCCCAGAUUAGCCAGCUAAAGAUCGAGUACAAUGCAUUAAAUCAGAUGCAGAACAGCAUCAGUCAGCAGAUCAGCAUACUGCAGUUGGAGCAGGCCAGACUGAUCCAGCUGUUAUCAGAGAGCCAAGUCAACGUGAUGAACAUUGUAAACUCGGUCAGAGAUGCUCUCGACUCAAUACAGAAGGGACACGGCAGUGUGAAGGGUUUACUAAAGGCAGAUCUUCAGAGUGUUCCAGUGCACAGCAAUGUUUGGCCUAGGGGGUGCAGCAGUGGAGAUGCCUCCAGACCUAGAGACUGCAGUGAUAUCUAUGCCAGUGGACAGCACCAAGACGGGAUCUACUCCAUAUUUCCUUCACACUAUCCGUCAGGCUUCCAGGUCUACUGUGACAUGAGCACUGAUGUAGGAGGCUGGACUGUGUUUCAGCGCAGAAAAGAUGGCUCUGUAAAUUUCUACAGGGACUGGGAUGCUUAUCGAGAGGGCUUUGGGAAGAUCACAGGGGAACAUUGGCUUGGUCUGAAGCGGAUCCACGCUCUGACCAUUCAGGCCAACUAUGAGCUGAGAAUCGACCUGGAGGACUUUGAGAACAGCACUUCCUUUGCUCAGUAUGGAUCUUUUGGAGUGGGUCUGUUCUCUGUCGACCCUGAGGAUGACGGCUACCCAUUGAGCAUAGCUAACUAUUCAGGGACUGCCGGUGACUCAUUGCUGAAGCACAAUGGCAUGAAAUUCACCACAAAGGACAAGGACAACGACCACUCUGACAACAACUGUGCGUCCUUCUACCACGGAGCCUGGUGGUACCGGAACUGCCACGUGUCCAAUCUGAAUGGACAGUACCUGCGAGGGCAGCACUCAUCCUACGCUGAUGGCAUUGAAUGGUCCUCCUGGACGGGCUGGCAGUACUCGUUGAAAUUCACUGAAAUGAAGAUCAGACCAAAGUGUGAGGAGCACGAGUAAACAGAAUGCAGGAGAAACAUUUAUAUUGCAGAAGAAAGGAAAUAUGGGAAUAAUGGAGUGUCUU